AUGGCUUUCAAGGGCGACGUGCUCCUCGUCUACCUGCCCAGCCAGGCGCCGCCGCAGUUCCUCGAGGGCGUGCGCGUCAAGUUCCCGCAUCUCCAAGUCCGAUGGGUUGAGACGCCCGUUGAGAACGGCCAGCUUCUGCCGCCAAAUCUCACAGCCGAGCAAUGGGUCGGCGUCACCAUGAUGUGCAUCUACCACGUGCCCAAGCCAGAAGAUAUCCCCAAUGUGUGGUUCUUCCAGACCGCUUCGGCUGGCACCGACGCCUGGGUGAAGCAUCCCAAGUAUCUGGAUCCCGACGUCAUCUUUAGCAACGCCAGCGGCUGUCAACCACCUCAGAUCGCCGAGUGGGUAAUCGGCACUUGGUUGUCUCACGAACACCACUUCCAGGUCUACGCCGAGCAGCAAAAGCAAGAACUCUGGCGACCACGGCUCGAGAUGGAAGUAAACGUCUCUACCGGCCGCAGAAUGGGCAUCCUGGGCUACGGCGGCAUCGGAAGACAAUGUGCCCGUCUCGGCCAGGCUCUCGGCAUGGAAGUCUACGCCUACACUCGCCGCGAGCGGUCCACGCCCGAAUCCCGGCGUGACGACACCUACUGCGUGCCCGGCACCGGCGACCCGGACGGCUUGAUCCCGGCCAAGUGGUUCUCGGGCGCCUCGCGGGACGCCAUCAACGACUUCCUCGGCCAGGACCUAGAUCUCCUCGUCGUGUCUCUACCGCUCAACGACGACACCCGCGGGCUCUUCGGCCCCGAGCAGUUCCAGAUCCUCAGCCGCAACCGCAACAAGACGUUCCUGUCCAACAUUGCCCGCGGCGCCAUCGUCGACAAUGAAGCCCUCGUCCACGCGCUGGAGUCGGGCCUCAUCCGCGGCGCCGCCGUCGACGUCACGGACCCGGAGCCGCUUCCCAAGGGCCACCCGCUGUGGAAGGCUCCCAACAUCUUCAUCACGCCGCAUAUUGCCUGGCAGUCGGCCAAGUACUGGGAUAACCUCUCGGACCUGCUGCUCAAGAACCUCGAGAAGCUGGCUGCUGGACAAACUGUACUCAAUCCGGAUAAACAUUGA